AUGAGUGACGUUGGAGCAAAUAAAGGUUCUUUGCAUCCUGAACCAAAGAAAUGGAAGAUUCCAAAGGGUCCAAAGCCAAUUCUGCAUAAAAAUAAGAAUACUAUCGGAUUAGGUAGGACAAUUGCAAACCAGAAAAGGUUAGAUAAUAAAAUUACUUUCUUACCAGAUGGUGAAAUGAGAUUUACAACUGACAAAAGAGAAGCUGACUGGGUGAAAUUAAGAUCAGUGACACAAGAAAAUGCUUUAGAUGAGUUUUUAAAUACUGCUGAGUUAGCUGAUACUGAUUUCACAGCUGAAAAGAACCAACAAGUCAAAAUCAUUAAGGUUGGAAACACUUCUAUUGUUAAUCAGAAUGGAUUAUUAACUCAAGAAGAAACGUUAGAAUUACGUAGAAAGCAUAAGAUCUUUGAGAAUAAAUUAACAGUUCCAAGAAGGCCUGAAUGGAAUAAGAAUCAACUGAAGUUAGAAAUUGAGAGACAAGAAAAUUUAGCCUUUUUAGAAUGGAGACGUCAAUUAGCAUCACUUACUGAAAAUAAUGAUUUAUUAUUAACACCUUUUGAAAGAAAUAUUGAAGUUUGGAGACAACUAUGGAGAGUUGUUGAAAGGUGUGAUUUAGUUGUUCAAAUUGUGGACGCAAGAAAUCCAUUGUUAUUUAGAUCUAUUGAUCUUGAAAAAUAUGUUAAUGAAUUAAGUAUGCCAGAUAAUAAUGCUACCAAGAAGAAUUUAUUGUUGGUUAACAAAGCAGAUUUAUUAACUAGAGAGCAAAGAAUUCAGUGGUCAGAGUAUUUUACUUCGCAGAAUAUAAAUUACGUAUUUUUCUCCGCUUCCAAAGCUAAUGAGUUAUUGGAAAAGGAACAAGAAGAGUUAGAAGAAUUACAAAGGGAUCCUAAUUAUACCCCAGAAAGAAAGGUAGACGAUGAACCAGAAGAAGUCAAUUCUAAGAUUAGAAUCUUGAAGAUUGAUGAAUUGGAAAACUUAUUCUUAACUUCGUCGCCUAAAUUUGAACAUUCAGAAGAUUUCCCUGAUCGUAAGCUUCAAAUUGGUUUGGUUGGUUAUCCAAAUGUUGGUAAGUCGUCUACAAUCAAUGCAUUGGUGGGCUCCAAGAAAGUUUCCGUUUCAGCUACUCCAGGUAAGACCAAGCAUUUUCAAACUAUACAUUUAUCUCCAGAGGUAUUAUUGUGUGAUUGUCCUGGUUUGGUUUUUCCAAAUUUUGCUUACACUAACGGAGAAUUAGUUUGUAACGGUGUUUUACCAAUUGACCAAUUAAGAGAACAUAUUCCACCUGUUUCUAUUGUCUGUCAAAGAGUUCCUAAGUUCUACCUUGAAGCAUUCUAUGGUAUUCAUAUCCCAAUUCAAAAGAUUGAAGAUGGUGGUAAUGGUGUCUAUGCAAGUGCAAGAGAAUUAUUAAAUGCGUAUGCUAGAGCUAGAGGUUUCAUGACCCAGGGGUUUGGGAGUGCAGAUGAGUCAAGAGCCAGUAGAUAUAUCUUGAAAGAUUAUGUUAGUGGGAAAUUAUUGUUUGUUAGCCCACCACCAAGGAAGAUAGGUGAGGAUGAGUGGGAUUUACCAAGUAUCGAAGAGGCCAGAGAAUUAAAUAAAGAAUUAUAUUCUUUAAAUACAUUACCCGAAUCAAGACAACACCAAAUAUUAAGUGCAUUAUCAUCGAAGAAUAUCAAUGCUGACGAUUUUGAUUUAUCAAAGGGAUUAGCAGGGUUGAACUUUUCUAUGCAUAUAGGUGACAAGUCAUCCAAUUCUACUGAUUUGGAAACUACGAAGAGAGAAGCCGGGGCAAGUACUGUUUUCUACGGUGGUAAGCAAGCUUCUUUGGAAAGUGCUGGUGAUGAUUUAGAUCGUGAAUUCUUCAAGAUGAAUAGUGUUCAAGGUAAGUUUAAUAAACCUUUCCAUACGGCUGGUGAAGCCAGCAAUGGUAAGAAUAAGAAACAUGGGAAGAAGAAUAAGAAGGCUGACAAGAAGACGAGAGUGGUAGGUUAUUAA